AUGGUCUGUUCGGCUGCCCGCCUGCUGCUCCUGGCCAUGACUCUUCCCCUGCUGGGGUCACCAGCUGCUCGAGCAUCCCAACCUGGACAGAGUCAGGCUGGAGGGGAACCUGGGCAGCUCCUGGACCAAGGGAGUGGAUCAGGGGCUGUCCCCUCUGCUCCUGUGGAAUCAGCUCUGGUCUCCGUCUAUGUGCAUCUGGACUUUCCAGAUAAGACCUGGCCACUGACACUCUCCCGGACCCUGACUCUCCCUGCUGCCCUGGCCUCUGCUUCCCCAGGAACUCUCACUGGCCUCAGCCUCACGACAGAGUGUGACAUCAACCUCGAGGGGCAUAUCGAGUGUUCUUGUCUCUCUGGGUACCAGUGGAAUGCCAGAGUCUGCUCCCGUCACCGUCCCUGCCAAGCCCUCCACAGCCACCAGCCUUGUGGCUGUCUUGUCUUCAGCCAGCCUGAACCUGGGUACUGCCAGUUGCUGCCACCUGGUGAGGAACUGACUGCCUCCUGCCUCCCUGCAGUCCCCGGAAACCUGAGCCUGAACUCCCCGCUGCAGAUGCCUGGCCACACGCUGAACCUGACUCUCCUCGUCAGCCAGGAGGCCACCAACCUGAACUGGUUCCUGAGGCACCCAGGGAACUCCAGACCGGUCCUCCUGCAGCCAGGGACACAGGUGUCCCUGACCUCCAGCAGGGGCUGGGCUGCCCUCAGUGUCUCCAACAUGUCCCAUCACUGGGCAGGUGAGUACGUGAGCUGCUUCGAGGCCCAGGGAUUCAUGUGGAACCUGUACCAGGUGGUGAGGGUGUCUUUGGAGGUGGCAGACGUGGCUCGACUUCCAGACCAGCUCUCCAUCUCCUGCGCCACUUCCCCAGGCUUCCAGCUGAGCUGCUGCAUCCCCCGUACAAACCUGGCCUACACGGCUGCCUGGAGCCCUGGAGAAGAUGGUGAAGCCUCCUCGUUCAACACGUCAGGCUCUCAGUGCUCCGUGCUGGUGGUUCAGCACUGCCCAGCCGCUGACACCACAUACACUUGUGACCUGCAGAGCCGGGGCCUCACUCCCCUCAGGGUCCCUGUCUCCAUCGCCAUCAUCCGGGAUGGAGACAUCACCUGCCCCGAGGACUCCUCAGGUAUGGCCUGGAAUGUCACCAAGGCUGGCCACGUGGCACAGGCCCCAUGUCCCGUGAACAAGAGUGGAGUGGUGAAAAGGCCCUGUGGGCACGAUGGGGUCUGGGGGCCCAUCCGCAGCAGCUGCACCGACGAAAGGCUCCUGGCCUUGCUUACUAGAGCCAAGCUGCUGCAGGCAGGCCAGGGCAAGCCUGACGACGAGGUGCCACAGAUCCUGAGGGAGCUCUCAGGGCAGGUGGCGGUGGCAAGCUCACCCUCUGACCUACUGACGCUGCUGCGCACCAUGAAAUGCCUGGCCAAGGUGACGGCAAGGGCCAGAAUACAGCUUAAGCACAGUGCCCUGGAGAACCUCCUGACAACCACAGACAAGGUCCUAGACAUGGACACCAGUUCUCUGUGGACCGAUAAGCCCUGGGUGGGCUCAACUUUCCUGCUGGCUGUGGAGACCCUGGCACGCAGCUUGUGCCCACAAGAUCACCCCUUCACCCUCAGCUUGCCCAACGUGCAGCUGCAGACCCAGCUCCUCAGCCCCAAGUUGCCUGCUGACUAUAAGAUCUCCUUCUCCACGCAGCCCCCACUGCAGACUCAGAUUCCCAGGCAUGCACUGGCCCCACUACACCACAAUGGAACCCAAAUCAGCAUUACCAGCCUGGUAUUGCAAAAACUGGACCACCUUCUUCCCCCAAACUAUGGGCAAGGGCUGGGGGACUCCCUCUACACCACUCCUGGCCUGGUCCUUGUCAACUCCAUCAUGGCAGAUGGCCAGACCUUCCACCAGGGAGAGGUCAUCAUGGACUUUGGGCACACAAAGAGUACCCCUCAUUGUGUCUUCUGGGAUCACAAUCUCUUCCGGGGCAAGGGGGGUUGGUCCAGAGAAGGAUGCCAGGCACAGGCAGCCGGUGCCAGCCUGACCACUCAGUGCAUCUGCCAGCACCUCACUGCCUUCUCCAUCCUCAUGUCCCCACACACUGUUCCAGAAAAUCCUACCCUGACGCUGCUGAGUAACCUGGGCUUGGGAGCUUCCAUUCUUGCGCUGCUUGUAUGCCUGGGCGUGUACAGGCUGGUGUGGAGAGCUGUGGUGCGGAACAAGGUCGCCUACUUUCGCCACACUGCCCUGCUCAAUGUGGUGCUCUGCUUGCUGGCUGCAGACACCUGCUUCCUGGGAGCCACACUGCUCCCUCCAGGGUCUCGCAGCCUGCUCUGCCUCACCGCUACCUUCCUCUGUCAUUUCUUCUACCUGGCCACCUUUUUCUGGAUGCUGGCACAGGCCCUGGUGUUGGCCCACCAGCUGCUCUUCGUCUUCCAGCAGCUGUCCAAGCACCGAGUCCUCCCCCUGAUGGUGCUCCUCGGCUACCUGUGCCCCCUGGGGUUUGCAGGUGUCACCCUGGGCCUCUACCUACCUAGAGGGCAAUACCUGAGGGAGGGGGAGUGCUGGUUGGAUGGGAAGGGAGGGGCGCUCUACACUUUCGUGGGGCCAGUGCUGGCCAUCGUAGGUGUGAACGGGCUGGUACUAGCCAUGGCUGUGCUGAAGUUGCUGAGACCUUCGCUGUCAGAGGGACCACCCGUGGAGAAGCAUGAAGCUCUUCUGGGGGUGAUCAAAGCCCUGCUCAUUCUCACACCCAUCUUUGGCCUCACCUGGGGGCUAGGCCUGGCCACUCUGUUAGAGGAAGUCUCCACAGUCCCUCAUUACAUCUUCACCAUUCUCAACACUUUCCAGGGUGUCUUCAUCUUACUGUUUGGUUGCCUCAUGGACAAGAAGGUGCAAGAGGCUUUACGCAAACGCUUCUGCCGCACCCGACUCCCCAACUCCACUGUCUCCCUGGCCACCAAUGAAAGCUACAUCUCGGAGUGCAGCAAAGGAGGAGGUGAGGCUGCCAGGUGA